ACAGAUGACAGUGACAUUGACUAGAGAAAUAUUAAAUCAGCAAAAUAAUCGAGAAAACUUAAAUAUAAGGCAGUUGUAAAUAUAAUACGAGUAGUCUUGUUUUUUAAGAUACCGGUUUAGGCUAUUAUAAGACUAGAGAGGGUACAAUGACGUCAGCAUCCUCUAGCAGUGCUCGUUCCUUAUUCGCCGAAUCAAAGCAAAGAUUGGCUGAACGGGUGCAAGUUAACAUGAACAACAUUUCUUCUCUCGCUAGACAAAUACAACGAGGAUCUAAAUCUAAUGAGCUGUCAAAAGCAGCACGUGAUAUGGCUGCAGUAGAACAUAUAAUGGAAAAUAGUGAAGAGAAUUUAAAGAAGAUGCAGCUUAUUGGUAUACAUAUUGGAUAUCAGUUCGAAAACAUUCAAAAGUCAGCAGAAAUGAUUGUUGACAUCAAUGAACAGGUGCAAUCAAUACGAAGACCAAAAGAUUAACAUUCAAUUAUUUUCAGGUAUUUUUAGUUAAGUCUUGAUUUAUCUUAUUUUAUAUUACUCGGUGUGAAAAUAAAAAU